AGUUUAUGCGUAACUGAGCUGCUUAAUUUUUCUUUUUUUGAUCGAUAAAUCGAUUGUACACUCAAUUUCUGGUUGGAGUUUUUGUUUAGAUUCUCUGGAUUCGAUAGCGAUCAUGAACUUUCUCGUCGAAAACAGUGUCCGAGCUUCGAUUGGUUUGCCGGAAAAUCGCCUUUUUCCAUUACCAUUGCAAUGGCGUCCAGCUGAAGGCAAAGGAAAGCUUGAAAAGAAUCUGGAGAGGUUCAGUCGUGUAUGAGAUAAGUUCAUACUGAAAAUGGGAUCUGGAGUGAACUUCAAGAGCUUCGCUGAUGGAGACAUGAACCAGAGGCAGACGGUGACAGGGAAUCUUCCAUUGGCAAGGCAGAACUCGGUGUUCUCGUUGACAUUCGACGAGUUUCAGAACACAUGGGGAGGGUUAGGGAAGGACUUCGGGUCCAUGAACAUGGAUGAGCUCUUGAAGAACAUAUGGAACGCUGAGGAAAACCAGGCCAUGAGGAAUGACAACAGCAGCAACAACAACAACAUUAACAAUGGUAAUAGCAUUAACACUGGUAAUAGUAACAGCUUAGGUGUAGCUGUGGGAGGAGAUGGGUGUGUUGGCUUUGCUGGUGGGAAUUUGCAGAGGCAAGGGUCAUUAACUUUACCUCGUACGCUUAGUCAGAAGACGGUUGAUGAAGUUUGGAAGGAGUUGAUGAGGGACAGUGACAAUGAUGGUGGCAGUGGUGGUAGUAAUGGCGGAUCAAAUGUUCCACAGAGACAGCAAACGUUGGGAGAGAUGACAUUGGAGGAGUUCUUGGUCAGGGCCGGUGUAGUUAGGGAAGAGCCUCAAUCGUUGGAGAGGCCUAGCAAUAUCAAUGGCGGGUUCUAUGGCUUCGGUGGUAACACGAAUUUUGGAUUACCUCAGAACAGUUUUGUUACUAGCCAACACCCCGAUUUCUCGGGCAAUGCCGCUGGAAUCCAGAUGGGUGGGCUGCCACCUCGGUCACAGCCGCAGCAACUGAUACAACAACAGCAGACCACCUUCCCCAAGCAAGCCACUAUUGCGUUUAACAACACCGUGGAUAUGGUGGACAGUUCCAAACCUGCAAUACAGGAAGUGAGGAGCUCGACUGUUGGAAUGCAGAACUGUCCUGUGAGCAGCAAUUCACUACAAGCUAUCGAAUUUAAAACAAGUGUUGCAGUUGCAGCAGCAUCUCCCAGAAGCCAGAUGUCUCCUGAUCUGACUCCUAAGAGCAAUAUGGAUGCAUUUUUGUCACCUGUUCCUUACAUGUUUGGCCGAGGGAGAAGAUCAGGUGCAGCUGUUGAGAAAGUGAUUGAAAGAAGGCAAAAGAGGAUGAUCAAGAACAGGGAAUCAGCUGCCAGAUCACGUGCCCGAAAACAGGCAUAUACAUUGGAGUUGGAAGCUGAAGUUGCAAAGCUAAAAGAAUUGAACAAUGAAUUGCAGAAAAAACAAGCUGAAAUCAUGGAAAUGCAGAAAAAUCAGCUCCUGGAAUCGCUGCACCAGCCAUGGGGAUGCAAAAGGCAAUGCUUGCGAAGAACAUUGACGGGUCCAUGGUAGAGCUAAUCCAGUUGCAGAGGAACUCAAGAUAACCGCAGAACUAUGGCAUGCAGGAAUUAGAAACUAGAUGUGUAUUUACUACUUAGAUAAGGUGUUUCUGUGGGGUUGUAAAUUAUGAACUGAAUUCAGUUUGAUGUAGUUGUCUUCCUGAAAACCCUUAGGUUUUAUCUUCCUGAUGUAUUUGCACUCUUUUUUUUUUGUUGCUUGAUUGGAUUUACCACUGGUUAUGUUACAAUAGAUUUGGAUGAAUGUUGUAAUAAAGCUCAGAUUCCAUCUA